AUGGGACGCCCCUCAAACGAUCAGGAGGUUGGUACUUUUUCUAAGCGUUCAACAAUGAAAAAAGGCUUUCCUUGUCAGCUAGUCCUGCUAGUUAUCGCCAUUCUAUUGCAAGACUCUGACGGAACAAAGGAGAAGGGCGCUUUCAUCUGGGGGUUUUCACGACAUGACGCAAGACCAAGAUCAAGUUUUUCUAGAGCACAAUCGACAACGGUGGAAAGGUGUGCAGCGUCUCCUUUGCACGCUGUUGGACAUGCCGUUGAAGGAAUUGAAUGCACCAUGGUCUCUCUUGACUUGCCUCUUAUUGGAACAGUGUCGGUUCUGGAAGCAACGGCGGACUCGCAGGAGGAACUUGUCAAUCUCGCUUUACGAGAACAGACGAACCUUUCGUCCACAAUUUCUUUAGAUUCAGGGGAUCCCUACGGAGCCGUCCUGUGGCCGGCCUCCCUGUCGGUGUCCACGUAUCUCCUACAAAACAAUCUACUACGGGAUAGAUUCGUGCUAGAACUUGGGUCGGGAACGGGUCUGGUGGCGUUGGCGGCAGCCUUGGGAGGAGCAAAAAGUGUACUCGCUACCGACUAUGAAGCGGUUCCGCUGAGGCUACUGCGCUACGCUGCUCGGAACCUGAACAAGCUGCCCAUGGAAAUUGACUAUGAAAUACUUGACAUUUGCAAUGAUCAAAUACCCUUACCGUACGCCCAUAUUGUCGUUGCUGCGGAUAUAAUGUACGAACCCGAGACGGGGCGAGCAAUGGCUCGCCGUGCCGUCGAGGCGUUGAGAGCCGGGAGCCGCGUAGUAGUGGGGGAUUCUCCGGGAAGAGCAGGGAGACCAGCAUUUCUAGACGAACUUAAACGACUGGGAGUCAAUGCGACCUUUGUUGACACAAUUGGGUCGACUUUAACGGGUGCUCGUCAUGAAUUGAUCUGUGGGAAAACUUCCAAAACUGUCAGCAAAGAUCCUGAAGAGUUGGUAGUAGCGAUUUUAGAUCUAGAUCCAACGAUUCAUAAGCUUCCAUAA